GGGCGCGUCACCUCGACGUCAGCCUCUCACCUCUCGGACGUCCCGUCCCGUCCCGGGAGCAAAACUCCGGCGACUUUGGGCUCCGCCCCCGAGAGAGUGGAUGGCGGCCAAUGAGGGCGGUCCUGAGGGGAAACGGGGCCAAUGAAACGAGCUCGGGGCGGGGCGCGGGGCGAGAGGGUGGGGCGGGUGGCGGCCGUGGCAGCCCAAGGUCUGGCUGCGCGCAGUAUAUGACAGUACGUCAGCAGCGGGAUGGCCGUAGCUGUGGCGGCGGCUGCAGAAGCCCGAGCAGCCGCGGCCGCAGUGGAGGCUAGAGCCCGAGCGGCGUCGGCGGCGGCACCCCGGGGAGUUUAAGAUGGCGGCAGGGGGGGCGGCGGGCCUGCGGGAAGAGCAGCGCUAUGGGCUGUCGUGCGGACGCCUGGGGCAGGACAACAUCACCGUACUGCAUGUGAAGCUCACCGAGACGGCGAUCCGAGCGCUUGAGACCUACCAGAGCCACAAGAAUUUAAUUCCUUUUCGACCUUCAAUUCAGUUCCAAGGGCUCCAAGGGCUUGUCAAAAUUCCCAAAAAUGAUCCCCUCAAUGAAGUGCAUACGUUUAACUUCUAUUUGUCAAAUGUGGGUAAAGACAACCCUCAGGGCAGCUUUGACUGCAUCCAGCAAAGGUUCUCCAGCUCUGGAGCCUCCCAGCUCAAUUGCCUGGGAUUUAUACAAGAUAAAAUAACAGUGUGUGCAACAAACGACUCGUAUCAGAUGACACGAGAAAGAAUGACCCAGGCAGAAGAGGAAUCCCGCAACCGAAGCACAAAAGUUAUCAAACCCGGUGGACCAUAUGUAGGGAAAAGAGUGCAAAUUCGGAAAGCGCCUCAAGCUGUUUCAGAUGCAGUGCCUGAGAGGAAAAGGUCAACCCCCAUGAAUCCUGCAAAUACGAUUCGAAAGACAUAUGGCAGCAGCAGUGUUUCUCAGCGGCCAUAUAGGGACAGGGUGAUUCACUUACUGGCACUGAAGACCUACAAGAAACCUGAGCUUCUGGCUCGACUGCAGAAAGAUGGUGUCAAUCAAAAAGACAAGAACUCCCUUGGAGCAAUUCUGCAACAGGUAGCCAAUCUGAAUCCUAAGGACCUCUCAUAUACUUUAAAGGAUUAUGUUUUUAAAGAACUUCAAAGAGACUGGCCUGGAUACAAUGACAUAGACAGGCGGUCAUUAGAGUCAGUGCUCUCAAGGAAACUAAAUCCAUCUCAGAAUGCUGCCAGCACCAGCCGUUCAGAAUCUCCUGUGUGUUCUAAUAGAGAUACUGCAUCUUCUCCUCAGAAACGACUUUUAGAUUCAGAUUUCAUUGAUCCUUUAAUGAAUAAAAAAGCUCGAAUAUCUCACCUGACAAAUAGAGUGCCACCAACAUUAAAUGGUCAUUUGAAUUCCACCAGUGAAAAAUCUGCUGCAGGCCUGCCACCGCCCCCUGCAGCUGCUGCCAUCCCCAGUGCUCCACCACUGCCUUCAACCCACCUGCCUGUCUCCAAUCCUCCUCAGACUGUAAAUUCUAACUCCAAUUCCCCUAGCACUCCAGAAGGCCGGGGGACUCAAGACCUACCUGUUGACGGUUUUAGUCAAAACAGUAGUAUCUAUGAGGACCAGCAAGACAAAUAUACCUCUAGGACUUCUCUGGAAACCUUACCCCCUGGUUCAGUUCUACUAAAGUGUCCAAAGCCUAUGGAAGAAAACCAUUCAAUGUCUCACAAAAAGUCCAAAAAGAAGUCUAAAAAACACAAGGAAAAAGACCAAAUAAAGAAGCAUGACAUUGAGAUGAUGGAGAUAAAGGAAGAGGACCUUGAGAGAGAUGAGGAAGUUGCCAAGCUGAACAGCUCCAGUCCGGAUUCCAGUGAAGGAGUUAAAGAGGGUUGUACUGCCUCCACAGAGCCUUCUUCAACAAUUGAACUCCCAGAUUAUUUGAUAAAAUAUAUUGCUAUUGUCUCCUAUGAGCAACGCCAGAAUUACAAGGAUGACUUCAAUGCGGAGUACGAUGAGUACCGGGCCUUGCACGCCAGAAUGGAGACUGUAGCUAGGAGAUUUAUCAAACUGGACGCGCAACGAAAGCGCCUUUCUCCAGGCUCAAAAGAGUAUCAGAAUGUUCAUGAAGAAGUCUUACAAGAAUAUCAGAAGAUCAAGCAGUCUAGUCCCAAUUACCAUGAAGAAAAAUACAGAUGCGAGUAUCUUCAUAACAAGCUGGCUCACAUCAAAAGACUAAUAGGUGAAUUUGACCAACAGCAAGCCGAGUCAUGGAACUGAAUCAUGGCACUAGAGUUCUGCUUAGACCAGAAGAUGUGAAUAAACUUAAGCUUAUUUAUUUAAAUUCCCAAAUGAGUUUCUCUGAGAGUCUAAAAAAAAUGAAACUUUGCCUGUUGAAAGUUUCAGUAUUUGUAAACUUGAGUUACCUUUUUUUUUUUCCAUUUUACUUUGCUUCCUUGCAUUUUUGAAGCUGCUUUUCUCUGGUCCUUUUUUUUCCCCCUUCAAGACUUGUGUUUGUCAAUAGAAGUAAUUUUUUAGAUAUUGGGGAUCCAGUAUCUAUACUUCAAAUUAGUUUUUUUCCUUAAAAACCUGUUUGUCAUUAGAAAUAAUUUUUUUUUAGAUAUUGGGGAUCCAAUAUCCACACUUCAAAGGUAUGUGUGUUUAAAAAAAACAGUAAUGUGCAAGUUGGAAUGCUUUUGGAUAAACGUAAGCCUAUUUUCUGACCUUUCUUAAUGCGAACUCUUUGCCUUAAAUGGUAGAAUAUUUAGAAAUUUGCACAAAAUACAAAAAAAAAUUAAAACAUUGUUUUGGAGGGUUAAGAAAUCUAGAAAGGUGUGAGUAUGUAUAUGUGUAUAGCUACACAUACACAUAUGUAUAUACAGGCUGACUUGAUCUAGAACAGUAAAUCCACCCUGCCAGUUAACCCCCCAUUGCAAUGGUUGCCUUAAGGUGUUUGCUAGUUGUGUACAUAGUGUGGUUAAUUGUUAGCUACACUGCUUCCCACUUGAUUGGAGCAAUGGGAAGCAUACUGUGGCCUACCAGCGUCUGAAAGCGUGUGCGCAAACUGUAUGUGUGCAGAGGUGGUGUGGAUGUGAGCGUGCAUGAAGGAAAAAAGCUGCUACUUUCAGUAGGCCAAACGCUCAGGUUAAACAACUGACGAGUGUUACUGUAGGGUUUUUUUUUUUCCUGUCAAAUUGCUACUUCUUUUGUGGAAGACAAAAGCAUUUCCAUUUCAACAGUUUGUCAGCUUUAUUGUUGGGCAAAAUUGAUAUGUUAUGAAAAUGAAACAGAUCUAUAGUUUUGGGGCAAAAUUAUAAAAUUAAAUGUGUAGGUAACCUAUUUAUAUACUGCUAUAAAGUAUUUUUUGAAGAGAGAUAUGCAAAGAAACUAUUACCUACAUGAAAUGUAUAUUUAAAGAUUUUUUUUUCAUCCUGGGUGCCAGGAAUAUAAAAAAGAGCGGAUAUAUUUACCAUAACAUACUGUGAUUCAUCAAAUAGCACAAACUUUCAUUUCAUGGAGUUUAUCUGUUGACGUUGAUUUAAACUAUCACUUGUUUUAUCGUGGGAACAUAAGUUAUGUCAAAAAUAUAAGAAUUUUGAACUAAUGUUGAUUCAAGUUGUGUUGUCUUAUUGUAUUGUCUUUUCAAAGUGCUGCCAGUUAAAAAGGGAAGCAUUAUGUUUACAAAUCUGUUUUGAAAUGUUUGCCAAAAUUUUGGUAGUAUCUUUAAUAAAAAUGUUUGUCUCCAGCAUCCAAAAAAAUAAAUAACCUUUGUUGUGUAUCGCUGUAAACCAGAAAAUGUUAGUAUCCAGAAAACCUGAGAUAGCAUGUAGAUGAACUUUUCUCUGUGGAGUUCUUCUAAAACACUAACUGGAAAGAUUAGGUAAUACAGUAAACGUAUAGAAAAGUAUGCAGACUAUACAAAGACUGAAACAAGGCCCUGUGCACUAUAACUCUAGAACAUUACUGCGGAAAUCUAUGUAGCAUGGACCUCCUAGGGAGUUCUAUUUCUUUUAGCAUUGAGAUCCCUGGUGCUCUUCCUUUUACCUCAGAAUUGGUACAAUCAUUAAAUAUUCAUUGAUUUCAAACUUUCAGUUGAAAAAAGAUAGGAAACUUAAUUGGGGCUAAAUUUGGUCCUCAUAUUACUGUGGUGGAAGCUGUUGAGGGAUUUGUCUGUAGGUAAUGACCUCACUGGUGUCAUUUCUUGGACAUCUCAGCCUUUUAAUCAAAGAUUGUGUGCUGCUAUUUGCUAUGAGUGGUAUAUCUCAAAAGAAAGGUGCUUGGACCACUAACAUCACCAAUUAGAAUCUCCGGGAAUAGGUAUCCACAUUUUCAUAAGUAUCCUCCAGGUGACUUUUGCCAGCUAAAGUAUGAGAACCAUUCGAUUGGAUGUAGUGCUAAACUUUGGGUCUCUAAAUCUCAAAGUCUUGAACUGAAGUCCAACUAUUGGCUUUUUUUUUUUUUUUUUUAAGAUCAUUCCUAUUGCAGGUACAAAUCACUUCCCUUCUAUAUGAUGUGAGUCAGGCACUCUCUAUUGUUUCACUGCCACCUCUUAUUUCAGGACUUGUUUACAAACAAGCCUUCCAGUUGUUUGUUAGCCCUCUGAGCGCCUACCCACCUACAUCAGCAUAUCUUCUGGUUUACAAAUUGGGUAAUAAUAGAAGCUGGAGAUGCUUUACAAAAAUCCAGCAUUGCACACCCAUUGACUUGACCACCAAUCUAUAAAAGCCUUAAUUUAGAUGUUUGUUGUGUACAUUGGGCAGAUCCUUACAAAAUGAGUAUCUGUCUAUCAAUUGCAAACUUGAGAGUUGUAAAUCUCUGAGUCUAUUACCUGAGGCUGCAUCUCUUUUGAAGAUGGUAUAAGCCUAGUAAAAUAUUUAUAAUCAUUCUUCAUCCCCUACUGCUAGAUUUUUAAAUACUCUCAAAUAAUUGCUGCAGGAAUGGGUGGCUGCUUAGUAUCAGUUACUCUGGUUGAAGAAUUUAGUUUUUUCGAGAGAAACCGUGUAAAAUAGCAUUGUCAAGAUAAGAGAAUGAGUUAUGUUGUUGUAUUUAUAUCACAUUUCAUCUAAAGUAAUUUGAAGCACUCUUGAAGAUUUUUACCAACAUCUAAAAAUUAACUCUAGUUUGAAUGAGCAGCUGAUUUACCACAAAUCAAAAAGAACAUUAACUAGAUAUGGUUUUGUUUUUUAUGUGGGGAUUUCAUUUCCUAUCUUGUUGGUUUUUAUUUCUCUUGGAAUACUUUAGAGGGUUAACUUUCAACUCUUAGUGAUAGAUGUUCAGUACUGGCUGUCUCAAAAGUAAUUGGUGUGGUCAGUUUAUAUCAUUGUUCCAUGCAUUGGUUAUAAAAUUUCAGUAUUAAUUUUCUUUCGUCUCUGAUCUUUUAACCGUUAGCAGAGUUUUCUUUUCCCUUAAGUAUUUCACCUUAUUAAGUAAAACAGAUGCAUAUUUGCAUGUUGGAAGCAAGAUGUUGAAAUAAGGUUUAGACACAAAUGGUCCAUUGGUUCAAACACAUUGCUCAGUUGCCAUAUGCCUUCCAUCACUUCGUUCUUUGCUUCGAGGACUUGGCCAAAACUCUUUAGCCAGUCCAUUGUCUUUCUGGCAGUGUGAGUAUUGAGUCUUGUAUGCUUGGUAUACGCCUUUACUACUUUUAAAGUUCUUACAGUUUAUUACUUGCCUAAGUAUUACUAAAUCCUUUUCUUAUGUGUACAGAUGGGGGGAAAUUUAUAGCCAGCAUUUUGAGAGGAACCUGUCGGGAAAGGAUAUUAACUGAAACUACUAAAUGAAGGCAACAGAAGAUGUUAUCCAUGCUCUUUGUAAUCUGAAAACUGAACAAGGCUGUGAGGCUCAUUUCAAAAUAUUUUGAAGUGUUACAAUUAUAUAUAUAUCAAUGUUGUUUCUCAGUUGUUCCAACCAAACCAUGUUAGGACUCUCGAAGGUAAAAUGUCACAGGGACUUUUCAGUUGUUACUGAGCUCAGCAACUGUGGUGGCCCCUGUUGUUCUACACCAAUUUCAGUUCAAUAAAAAUGUUAACUUUGCAA